UGUUGAAUGUAGCAGGCAUGUUUGACCUUGAAAGAGUAAUUUUCCAAAUUCAUCAGUAGUCUACUGCUCUAGAUUCAUACGCACCCACCACCGGAGGAAGCGAUUCAGGAAUCAGAUUCAGAGCAAGACUUUGUUUGGUUGAAUAAUUGAUUUUGGGAUUGAAGUAUUGAACUAUGAAUAGAGACAGAGACAGAGAAUUAGAAAGAAAAACAACAAGUGUUGGUGAAAGAGAGAUGGGAAAAGCGAUUAUCGCGUUGGUAUGCGGCACACUCGUCUACUACCACUGCGCUUACCGCAACUCCACCGUCGUCUCUCUCUUCUCCGACGUCUUCAUCGUCCUCCUCUGUUCCCUCGCCAUUCUCGGCCUUCUCUUCCGCCAGAUGAAUAUCCAGGUUCCUGUGGAUCCUUUGGAGUGGCAGAUUUCGCAGGACACUGCCAAUGCCAUUGUUGCUUGCUUAGCUAACACUGUUGGUGCGGCGGAAUCAGUUUUGAGGGUUGCUGCUACUGGCCAUGACAAGAGGCUCUUUUUUAAGGUCAUUCUUUGUCUUUAUGUAUUGUCUGCUAUUGGAAGACUAGCUUUGGGCAUUACAAUUGCCUAUGCUGGACUAUGCUUGUUUUGUCUUUACAUGUUGGCGGAGUGCUCUCAAUCAAUUAGCUCAGGUGUAGGUUGGUUAGUGGGAAGAAGAAAUUACGCUAGUGGGGAACAAGACUAUCAUGUAACCUAGUCAUUUUGCACUUGCCUUUUUGUUCAUAUAUAGAAUUUUAUUUUGUGAUUGUGUCUAAAUUAGAAAUUGCAACAAUCUAUCAAUCAGCUAAUUUAGCCUGUGAUUUAUCUUGUAAAUAUGAUGUAUAUGUUCUCAAGCAACCCAAAAUUUGGAAGAGUAAACUUACGUUUUGUGCUCAA